CGCUACAGAGAAGAAAGAAAGAACUAGUGCCUCUCAUCACAAAACGUAUACCGACCAGACUACGGAUGACGGUUGAGAUAGACGAGAUCGAGACCAGGGGUGAAGCAAGUACUUGGAGGUGACCCUAGAUACGAAGAUGACCUUCUGACCUUACAUACAGAGGACAGCCCGGAUGGCGGCUGGAAGGAUAGCACCCAUAAGCUGCCUAAUGGCGAACACGAACGGACCGAGACCGGGGAAACUGAGACUAUUGAUGUCGACGACGCACUCGAUUCCGCUCUACGGGGCGGAGAUCUGGGGAGAUUCCCUGAAGGCAAAGAAAUAUGUCACGCCAUGGCGCCAUGAUGACUAUAGAGACGGAGCGCGUUGAGGAUCGCCGGCUCCUACCGGACUCCGUCAGCUCAGGCCAAUCUGGUGGUUGCGGACGUGAUUCCCAUAGAUUUUCUUGCUUUCGAACGCAAGAGGAUCUACGGCAGAGACGAUCGUGGGAAGCAUAACUCCCGACAACAUUGUCGAGGUGAUAUGCUCCACGGGGAACAGCAGUGACAACUCGUUGCCACCUCCACAGAGACCAUCUUACGACGAAAGAACGCGGACGGGUGCUUAACGUGACGUGACGUGACGUACACGGACAAAGUGCCCAGCUAGAAGUAAUAUUAACGUAGUUCCCGGCUGGGGGCGGUUGCGCAAGAGGUGGCGGUUUUAGUGAGUAGGCUAUUCAGGACUCCCACAUCCGCUCCAGCCUGUAUGACUGACGUGAAUCCGUCACUUGGAUUCCGCAACUCCUCGGAUAAAAAAAAAGUAUGAGCUAUGUGAAAGUUUUUCCUUUCUUCGCGUCAAUUUCCUCACCACACCUCAUGCCUAUAUCUGCCGUAGAUACGUGUUUUAAACAGGACACAGGAAUGCUCAACUCUUUUUUCGGGAAAUCCAACUGAUUCGGGUAUUUAUGUUCAUCUGCGAGCAUAUUAUUGACAAUAAGUGUCGUGCGUAUUUAAAGAUUACUGUUGAAAAAAAAAGAAAAAAGAUUAUUCAGUAGUUAUGCAGCUCAAAAAAAUGUUAUGAAUGUUAGGGAAAACGCGAGAAUUUUCAAGUUCCGUGUCGCUGGACACCCUGUACUUGAUCUGAACCAUAUAGUAUGAAAUGUAACAGGUCCGAGGAUGCAACUUCCUGGUUGGCUGAACCAUUGUCUACUGUUUCCGGUUUCUGUUGAUAAAUCGGUGAGUUUCAAGAAGGACAAAUUAAGAUACGGAAAUGUUUGAUUCUUUUGCGUAUAUUUAUAGUAUAGUUUAUGGAAAUCCGGUUGCGUGGUUAAUAUCGCGUCAUUGGUUUAUAUUGAGCAUAAGGUUGGAUAUAUAAAUACAGUUAUUGACGGAGAAGCUUUAGUCCGUCACUCUUGGUUCGUCUAAUCACAUUGGUUACCGGGAUAUAUCAUAAUUUCAUUUCAAAACUAGAGCCAUGCAGGUCUACUUAGGUUUUUGGUUUCUAAUGACAGUUUUAGUAGUGCACGGUUGCAUUGACCAAUGCGAGAAACUGAAUUCUACAGAGGACGAUCGUUCAUUCACCCUCAUCGAGAGUCAAGAAGAAAAGAAGGCCGCUAGAUUAAUACAUGAGAAAAUGAUGAAGUACGAUCUUCUACAGCCACGCGAUAUGCUGAUUAAACUGUCACCGUCGUCAAACUUUAGGCCAUCGUCGAUCUUUGUCAAACGGUGCUUUCCAAUUGAUUGUGACUGUGGAUCUCUCAUUGUGCAAACCGCAAAUGUAACUAGAAAAAUUCUAGUGAAGCGACUGGUCUCACAGAAGUGGGUGUUCUAUAAUGUGAAUGUUGUAGAACACAUAGAAUGCGGAUACGUGCCCAUCUAAACAGUUCACGGAACAGAGCCAAAUAGAUGUCUGAACUGCCAAAACUACAUCUGCAAAUCCAUCGAUGAAGAUUAAAACGAGAGAAAGUGGUGUGAAAAAACGAAACUAUACAGAUUGCAAAUGAAAGUAUGAUAGCAAAUGAAAAUAUGACAGCAAAUGAAA